AAAUAGGUAGAAGAAGCCACGCCGACUCAUGCAAGCUGUGCGCGUGUGUGUGUAUAUGUGUGUGUGUGUGUGUAUAUGUGUGUGUGUGUGUAUAUAUAUAUGUGUGUGUGUGUAGUUAAACCAUGCUGCUGCUGUGAUGGACUGCUUCAUGAUUCUCCUGGCCUUUCUCACAACUUGUGCAGGCUUUAAAGUGAGCGCACCUGCAGGUCGCGUAGUCGCGGUCCGAGGUCAGUCGGCCAUCCUGGGCUGCGAGUUCACCCCUGACUCCACCUCUGACCUUUCAUCGCUGGUUGUAACAUGGCAGCGGGUGGAGGAUUCCCGCGUCGUCCACAGCUUCUAUUUCCAGCAGGAUCAGCUGGCUUUUCAGAGCCCGGAUUACCGUAACCGCACAAGGCUGUUCGUGUCUGAGCUGAGGAAAGGCAAUGCGACACUCAGGAUCGAGCCGGUGGGGCUGAGAGACAGAGGGGAGUACCUGUGCACAGUGAGCAACAGCAAGGGCACAGACAAAGCCCAGGUGCAGCUGGAAUAUGGAGCUUUCUACACAGAACCGAGGCUGAGCGUAAACGUGAGCUGCUCUAGCGUCACGCUGCUUUACGAGGCCGAGGGUUUCCCAAAGCCGGAGGUCAGGUGGUUUGGAGAACAUGGCGAGGUCCUCAGUGACCACACAGAGUUCAGGGAGGACGCAGCUGGAGCAGAUGGACCCAUGGGACUGUAUUACCUAAAGAGCAGCUACGUGUCACCGAGUUCUUCCCUGAACGUCGCCUUCACACUUAAGAACCAGCUCCUCAAUCAGGAUCUGCUCAGACCUGUCAGCAUCACAUAUGGUGGAGAGAAUCACAGCUGUGGAGCGAACACUAGAGCCGUCAGCGUCCUGUGUGUGCUGUGUGUCCUCCUGUUUCUUUUCAUAAUCGGUCUGAUUGUUCUGCUGAUAAAGAUGCAGAGAAGAGCUUCCCGUCAAUCGAAACCGUCAGCCAACGGCACUGUAAGCAGGGAAAAAGAGCCUUUUAGCCAGGCCUAAUUGGGGAUUGUGAGGUACAGAGAGGUGGAUGUGUCAUCAGAUCGCGUUUCACCGUGAGCUACGUGUGUUGGGUAAAAAUUAAAACGUCUUACGCAGAUGCUUAUAUAUUCCUGAAUCCCAUGAUGCCUUGCACAGGACCAGUGUAACUAAAUACCUUGUGCUAUACGCUAUUGCGAGGAAUGCAAAGUAGUUUUGCAUUUUGUAAUUAAAAUAACACGCUGCAUUUAAAAAAAAAAAUCUCAUUAACUUCAAGAAUGAGAAAAAUCAUUGUUGUCGUUCUUUUCUUUUGCACUACCUAAAAUGGCAGAAAUAUGGGAGCGCACGAGAGCAAGGUUAAACAAGGUGAUGUAUUCCAACCCCUCCUUUUAUCUCCAAAGAGUCUUUGAAUCACUCUAAAAGAAACACUGAUGAACGAUGAAAGAAGCUGAAAGGAAUUUAUGCUAUCAUUCAUUAAAGUGAAUGGAUGUUUUGUGAAGAGUAAAAACAGAAACCGGGAACACAAAGAAGGCGUGUGAGAGGAGUGUUCGAUUAGAUAACGUUAGGGUUAACUUAAUUUAAAAAAUGUGUAGCCGUUGGUUUGGCGAAAUUUUCCGUAAGGAGACAUUUAUUUAGCAUUUAUGGAAGGAGUGUCCAGUGUCAGCACUUUGCAGCUGUAACAUUUUCAGCUUCUUGGGAGUCAUUUUUAAAAAAUAUUAUUCACACCAGAAUUUUGUUGGGUAAGAUGAUACGUUCUGGAGUAAUUUAAGAAGACAGGUAAUGUACUGAGACAGAAAUGAAGGAAUGUUUCUCUACGUCUUUGUCCUCACGCUAUGACUUGCUGGAAAAAGAACCUCUUUGUUUGUGCUGUAGCGAGGAACAGCGAUGUAUCUUCCAAUGAGGAAAAGACAAUCAAUAAGCCACGGAACAUGAAACACUUGUUAAUCAUAAAUCAGUCUUUUUUGUGUGUGUCUUCAGACAGACAUCCUAUUGUGUGACAUGAGAUCAUUUUCAAACCCUGAGGAAAAAAAAAACAAAAAACACCAGAACAAGUCAUACCUGCUAUGAACAAGGUGACAAACAUCAUUGCUGUGAGUGGACUUGAAUGGUUUGGGUUUGUUUUUUGUUUUUUUUUUGGCUCAGGAUUUAUCAUUUCAGACCAUCCCCUCUUACUGUCCUUGGGCUCAGCUCAAAAGUUCCCAACGAACAACUGAUCCACUCUUCCGUUACAUGAAACUAGCUUUAUCUUUUUCACUCGUUGGGGUGUUACAUAAAAAAAUGUGUGUGUGUGUGUGUGUGUGUGUGUGAUAUGGAGCAGCUGAGCUCUUUGUUUAUACCUUAAAUUGUUUAAAUCUGUUUAACGCUGCGUUUCUCAUUGAAUAACCAACAUAUACAACACAUUUCAAGCACACACUCACUGUGUGUGGUGCUGUUAUAGGAAAAUAAUCAACGACGGCGUGGUGUGAUGAAGCGGAGUUAUCGGAUAUCACUCUGAAGUCGAUUAGUUUCCUAUAACUGCAAGUUCCUCAGGUUUUACUCCUCUUAUACCACAGCGAUUUAUCAGUGCUAACAAUUUUUAUUUACGAAAGAAUGACACAUCUUACUUAUUAUCCGUUUAUGGUUACAUUUCAUGUUAUGAAACAAGUUAGUUCCAUUUCUCACUUACAUUAUGGCAGCUAUAAACAGUCGUUUCCUCAUCAAAGCGUAAACUCACCUGUCCUGAAGAUGUCGGAAAAGUGAAAGUUACGGCUUUACCUCUGACACUGGAGACUCCUUCCAUAAAUGCUAAAUAAACGUCUCCUUAAAGGAAACUUCACCCUGUUGACGAUGACACAUUUUUUAUCCACCGUGAAUGAGCUGUUACUAUAGAAACGAUAAGCGCAUUAAUAUAAAGCUAUGAUUUGCAGCUACGUUACUGUCAGAGCUGCUGUUAUAGAAAAUUAACCACCACUUCUUGACCAAUCAGAAUCCAGAAUCCAACAGCGCUGUGGUAUAAAAUUAGUUAUUAUACUGUAACGAAACCUGAUCGGAUUAGUUAAUAACACAAUGAGAAAAACAGGCAUGCGUUGAUGAUUGUACAGCCGAGAUGUUUUGUAGAACUUUACAGGUUUUAAAGAUAUGUUUUAUAAUAACACUUUGUAAUACCUUUUCUGAAUAAAUGUAUGAAACCUGG